GAAGGCUGAAUGAAAUGCUAGUGGCGGUGGAAAUAACAACGGCAAAGGAAAAUGGAAGCCAAAGAAGUUCAAUUUCAAUGGAACGUGUCACAAUUGCGGCAAGCCAAAUCACAUGGCAAAGGACUGUCGUCAACCCAAGAGGCAAGCUAACAUGGUCGAAGACAAAAGUGUUCCUAUCGACAUGUCCGAUCUCAACUUAUGUGCCGUAGUCUUUGAAGCUAACUUGGUGAACAAUCCCAAGGAAUGGUGGCUCGAUACGGGUGCAACUCGCCACAUAUGCUCCAACAAGGAGUCGUUCUCCUCCUACACUCCAAUCAACGGUCAAAAGGUGUUCAUGGGAAACUCUGCCACCUCGGACAUUGUAGGCAUAGGAAAGGUUGUUUUGAAGCUCACCUCCGGGAAGGAGCUCACUUUGGUUAAUGUACUGCACGUUCCGGAUAUCCGUACAAAAUUAAUUUCCGGAACGCUGCUCACUAAGGCUGGUUUUAAGUUAGUUCUUGAGGCUGAGAAAUUAAUUCUCACCAAGAAUGGUUGUUUUAUAGGGAAAGGCUAUGUUGAUAACGACCUUGUUAAGAUGAAUGUAAUGACGCUUGUUCACAAGCUUGAUGAUAAUAAAAUUACUAGUUCUAUGUACUUGAUAUAGUGUUCUAAAUUAUGGCAUGUUAGAUUAGGACAUGUGAAUUUUAAAACACUCAAAAAGUUAGUAGACUUAGAACUACUACCUCAUCUUAAAUUCGAUUCUCAAAAGAAAUGUGAAACUUGUGUAGAAGCAAAUAUGACCAAA